CGACUCAUGCACGCAUCUACCGUAUCAUACUUGGUUAGUUCAUAAAGAUUCUGGUAGGUUAAGGUCACCUGGCCCAGCGGAGUUAGCGGAUCUAAUGAAUAAUUCAGUAUGAGUCGUGUUUGUGAAUAAGUAACCCUGCCCCUCUAAUGUUUAUUGAUCGAGUGUAUCUGACAGCCGCGAUGUUCAGUCUCGUUAUGGCGUCUCACCAAUCCUGAAUGGGAUUUUUGGUGCCCCAUGCAUUGGAAUUUGCACGUUUCGAACGGCGGUAUUCUUGUUGGAUUUUUCCUAGAAAACAUUUCAAUGUAAAUGGAGGAGGAAGAUAGUCCGGCGGGGGCGGUACGGAGUACCGGUCCGGACCGAAGAAAACAAGGUGGUGUCGAAGAUAGCGGGUCUUGCAAUGGUGUUUCACCGGGCACAGAGCUUUACGAAACGGGAUCUAAUCAAGCGGCAGGUCGUAGCGACCACAACGGACCGGGCAGAAGCGGUGCAACAGGAAUACGGGUUUUAAAGCGCAACAUGAAGAGGAACGGGAGCCGGGGGUGCGUGACCCGGAAGUCCCGUUUCGGCUCCCGGGAGCGGGACUGGCUGAAGGGGGACAGCCAGCGGGGGUGCGUGUGCCUGCACGGGGGUCCCGCCGACCCCCAGCCCCCCUCGGCAGGACCCCCGGACCUGCGGCUGGUGCUCUGCUCCACCAGCACCACCGCCCAGGAGCUGUGUGCCCAGGGCGAGGGGCAGGGGCUGUACCUGCAGCUGCACGGAGACCUGCUCAGGAGGCUGGACCCCUCGGAGCGCCCCCUCCAAAUAGUGUACGACUACCUGGCGGCCAUGGGGUACGAGGACCCCCUGCGGAUCCAGAGGGAGGCGGCCAACUCGGACCUCAGCUGCAUGAUUCGCUUCUACAGCGAGAAGCCGCUGAGCGCGGACCAGCUGGAGCGCACGCUGCUGACGGGCGUGUUCAGCGUGCGGAAGGGCAAGACGCAGCUGCACAAGUGGGCGGAGCGGCAGGUCAUCCUGUGCGGCACCUGCCUGAUCGUGGCCUCCGUCAAGGACAGCCUCACCGGCAAGAUGCACAUCCUGCCCCUGGUGGGGGGAAAGGUAGAAGAGGUGAAGAGGAGGCAGCACUGUUUGAUGUUCAGCUCGGCCGGACCCCAGGCUCAGACCUACUUUGUGAACUUUGACACCCUGGCGGACUACCAGAGAUGGCACCGGCAAGCGUCUAAAGUGGUGUCUCAGACGGUCAGCUUGGUGGAUCUCUCCUGCUACAGCCUGGAAGGUGUGCCUGAGUGCCUGUUCUACAGCCAGGACAUCACUCACCUCAACCUGCGCCACAACUUUAUGAGUCUAGAGGGGGAAGGGGGGCUGCAGAGUCUCAGCAGGUUCUCACAGCUGAAGAGCUUGAAUCUGUCCCAUAAUCGCCUGGGCUCCUUCCCAGAAUGCAUCUGUGACAUCGCCUCGCUAACGGAGCUCAACCUGUCCUGCAACGGCAUCGACGCCCUACCGGGACAGAUAGGUAACCUCCAGAGCCUGCAGACGCUGUCCCUGGACGGGAAUCACCUGAGCGCCCUGCCCGAGGAGCUGGGCGGCCUACAGAGCCUCUGCAGCCUGGGCCUUUCCUUCAACGACUUCCCCCACAUCCCCGCGGUGCUGGACGGCCUGACGGCGCUGGACAAGCUGGCCAUGGCCGGCAACAGGGUGGAGACCCUGGAACUGGGGAUGCUGGGAAGGAUGACGCACCUGAAGACCGUCGACCUGCGGCUGAACGGACUGCGCCGGGUACAGAGCGAGGGGCUGGAGGCUGUGAAGCAGGUGACCUACCUGGACCUGCGGGACAACCAGCUCACCUGCCUGGACCUGAGCUCGGCCUGCAACCUGGAGACCGUGCACUGCCAGCGCAACCACCUGGGGGCGCUGUCGCUCAGCGGCUUCACUCUGCGCACUCUGUGUGCCAGCAGCAACCGCUUGACCACGGUCAAUAUCUACCCAGUUCCAAACCACCUGAUGCAUAUGGAUCUGUCACGGAACCUCCUGGAGUACCUCCCAGACUGGGUGUGUGACACCCGCAAACUGGAGGUGCUGGACGUCACUCACAACCUGCUGUCCGAGCUGCCCUCCAGGCUGCUCGGCAGCCUGAGUCUGCGGAAACUGCUGGCGGGAAACAACCAGCUGCACAGACUGCCGGACCUGCUGGACCACAUCCCGCUGGAGGCCCUCGACCUCCAGCACAACAAGCUCGGCGAGCUGCCCGAGAGCCUCUUCUGCAAGGCCUUAAACCUGAGGUACCUGAACGUGUCGGCCAACUCCCUGGAGAGCGUCCCGCCCAGCAGCCACACGGAGGAGAACCUGAGCACGCUCCAGGAGCUCUACCUGACGGGCAACAGCCUGAACGAGGACUGCGCCGCCCUGCUGGUGGGACACCAGCACCUGCGUGUGCUUCACAUGGCCUAUAACCAGCUGCAGUCCUUCCCUGCCAGCAAGCUGAGUAAGUUUGAGCUGCUGGAGGAGCUGAACCUGAGCGGGAACCAGCUGAAGAGCCUGCCGUCCACCGUGUCCAGCUGCAAGAGACUGCACACGCUCAUCGCACACUCCAACCACAUCAGCGUCUUCCCCGACAUCCUCAGCCUGCCCGAGAUCAAGCUGGUUGAUCUGAGCUGUAACGAGCUGGCGGAGAUCCUGCUGCCGGACUCUCUGCCCCCCACCCUGCAGGAGCUCGACCUGACAGGCAACAGCAGCCUGAGUCUGGAGCACAAAACCCUCAACCUCUUCAGUCACAUCACCACCCUGAAGCUGGACCAGAAGCCAGCAGUGACGGCUGGAGACUCCCUGGGAAACUCCGCCCUCUGGUCUCAUGGGUACUCCGAGAUGAGCGGCCAGAGGAACAAGCUGUGUGUGUCGGUGUUGGCUGUGGACCACUUCGGCGACAGUGCAGAGGCUGCGUACGGCAUCUUCGACGGGGACCGGAACGAGGAAGUGCCUCGGCUGCUGCAGUGCACCAUGGGAGACGUGCUGUCGGAGGAGCUCCAGCACUCCAGCGUGGACAAUGUGUACAUGAGCAACACCUUCCUUACCUCACACCGGAAAUUGGGCGUGGCCGGGCAGAAGCUGGGGGCCUCGGCGCUGCUGUGCUACGUCCACCACGAGCCCUCGGACCCGGCCGGGGCCUUCAGCCUCACGCUGGCCAACGUGGGCACCUGCCAGGCCGUGCUGUGCCGCGACGGGCAGCCGCUGCCCCUCUCCAGGGUGUUCAGCCUGGAGCAGAGCGCAGAGGAGACCGAGCGCGUCAAGCAGAGCAAGGCCAUCAUCACAGAGGACAACAAGGUGAGCGGGGUGACCUGCUGCACCCGCCUGCUGGGCUGCUCCUACCUGUCCCCCUGGGUGCUGCCCAAACCCUGGGUCCGCACGGAGCCCCUGUGCGCCCAGGACGACUUCCUGAUCCUGGGUAACCGGGCGCUGUUCCAGAAGGUUCCGUACGGGGAGGCGGUGCGCACGGUGCAGGCGGUGAAGGACCCGCGGGCCGCCGCCAAGAAGCUGUGCACCCUGGCGCAGAGCUACGGUUGCCGGGACAACGUGGGGGCGCUGGUGGUGUCCCUGCGCGUCGGCGGGGAGGACGGCUGCACCUGCGAGCCCCCCCUGGGGGCCCCCGGGGGCCCCGCGCCCGUCCCCGUCCCCAUCCCCGUUUCCGCGGCGCUGGGGGACCCGGCCACGCCCUCCUCCAGCAGCGGCAUCGCCUCGGAGUUCAGCAGCGAGACGUCGGCGUCGGAGGUGGGCAGCGAGGCCGGCUCCACCGCGUCCGACGAGAACCCCUCCUCGGGCGUGGCCUCCAAACCCGAGAGGCGCUGCAGUCUGCACCCAGCCGCCACCCUCUGCGGGCCCGGGGGCGGGGGCGGGGGCGGGCCUGGGGGCGGGGGCCACCCGGGGCUGUUCCAGCGCCAGCCCUCAUCCGCCACCUUCUCCAGCAACCAGUCGGACAACGGGCUGGACAGCGACGACGAGUCCCCACUAGAGGGCGUCAUCUCCAACGGGAGCAAGCUGGAGGUGGAGGUGGACAUCCACUGCUGCGCCUUCCAGAUCCGCUCGGGCCCCCCCGAGGGCCCCGACGAGCCGGACCCCCGCCACGAGGGGCACAGGGGCUCCGACUACCACUGCGGCGGGCUGGCCGCCAAAAUGCGGCGGCAGAACAGCGUGGUGGUGUCCGCCACCAACGGCUGCCUCCUGGCGGUGUGCGGGCGGGAGAUCUCCGACCUGAAGAAGUCCCCCUCCACCUCCAGCCUCUUCGGCAAGAAGCUGUCCAACGGCUCGGUGGUGGCCCUCGAGGACAGCCACAACAUCAUCGAGGUGGCCCUGGAGGCCCCCAAGAAGAAGUCGGGCUACUUCUCCGCCCCCGCCCAGCAGGACCCCGAGGACCAGCUGGUGGUGCCGGCCGACCUGGAGCAGGACGUCCGGGAGCAGCUGAGGGCUCAGAACCCCGUCGUCCCGGGUCCCCCGCCCCCUAACACACCCCCUACCACCAAGGAGCCCGCCUGGGACAACCCCCGGCCCCCUCAGCUUCCCCGGCAGGACAUCCCCAGCCCCACGGCCCAGCAGCAGGAGGUGUACGACACCGCGCUGUAGAGAGACGUGGAGAACAGCGCCACGCCCUGGCGACCCGGAGUACUGCGCGUCCGAGGGUGGUCGAUGCUGCCGCACCAGGGCGGGCUCCGUUGGGUACUACAUUUCGGGCUUUCGUUCGGUUGAAGCGCUGAUAGCCUGGUAUCAGCACAGACCGGCCCGCCGCGAUCGCUCGAUCGCGGUCGGUGGUGUGUCCGUUCUGGGGGUCUGACCUCUGUGUUUCGCUCAGUUGUCCAGCGCUGAAUUGUUAAUCUCGCUGAACACAGGGAGAGCCAAAUGGGAGGACUUUGAGAGAGACGUUGAGGUCAGAGUGGAAGAAUUGCGUUAAAUGCAAAAAAAAAAAAUUAAAAAAAAAAAA